UCUACAUCAAAAUCCUCCUAGACAUUUUCAUCUCACUCGCCUGUUACGAUGGCCACUUCCCUGAAGAACAACUUCCUUCCUCCGUCGCUGAUUUCCAACCUCCAUAGAGUUCUGAUCACCAGAGACAACGAUGUCCAACAAGAAUACGGCGAAAGCUUCGGAUCACCCCUUUCCUCCUCAAGCAAUGGUGAGCCAAACACUCAUAGUAAUCAUUCAAAGCCAGUGGUUCUGGUGACAAAUGGCGAGGCAAUAGACUCUCCUGGACUCACAUUCCUUGCUGAAGCUGUAGUCCUUGAUGGUAGCUUCAGUGUUCAUGUCUGCGCUCCUCACUUGGAUAAGUCAGCCUCUAGUCAUUCUGUAACUAUACAAGAGACAAUCACUGUAUCUUUGGCUGAAAUCAGUGGUGCCAUUGCUUAUGAAGUUUCUGGAACACCUGUGGAUUGCAUCUCUUUGGCUUUGUCUGGAAUGUUAUUUUCUUGGUCAAGGCCUGUUUUUGUAAUUAGUGGAAUAAACAGAGGGUCAAGCUGUGGGCAUAACAUGUUCCACUCAGGAGCUAUUGCUGCAGCUCAAGAAGCAGUAAUCUCUGGAGUACCAUCUCUUUGCCUAUCAUUGAACUGUUGCUUGCUAAACAUAGAAAUUCCUCCUUCCCCCCUGACAAACAAGGGAUUCAAAUUGACCAAGCAGAGUCCCUUUAGAUCCUCUUUAAGCUGGAAACCUGUUUCAGCUAACAGGCAUGCUGCCGCUCCCCAAUUCAUGUCCAAUCAACAAAGUCUCGGUAUCAAGCUUAGCCGGGAUGCCUCUGUAGCUGGUGCAGCAAGGCGCUUGAACUCACGUUACAAACAAGUUGAGAUUGAAUCUGUUGGGGUUGCCGGAAAAAAUCCUGACCCAAAAACAGAGAAGAGAUAAUUUCGUUUAGAGCUUGUGGAACAGAAACUUGAAAAUGCAGAUGAUGAUCUAGAUUAUACAGCACUUGAAGAUGGAUAUAUAAGUCAGAUCUUCCUAGUCCACAAUUUCUCGCCGCAUUGACCGUGUCAAAUUGCUUAUCUGGCUUUGUUCGGAUUGGCAGGUCACAAUAAUUCCAAUAUCUUUAC